GCGGUCCAGGCUAGUGGAGCGUAUUCCUCAGGUGAUUCCCGAGCUCGUCCAGGCCGACUCUUUAGGGCGCCUUCAUCGCUGAGUGGACAUGGGGGCUGGAGCCAGCGCCGAGGAGAAGCACUCCAAGGAGCUGGAGAAGAGGCUGAAGGAGGAUGCCGACAAGGACGCCAGGACAGUCAAGCUGCUGCUGCUGGGUGCUGGUGAAUCAGGCAAGAGCACCAUUGUCAAACAGAUGAAAAUUAUCCACAAAGAUGGUUACUCCCUGGAAGAGUGCUUGGAGUUCAUUGUCAUCAUCUACAGCAACACGCUACAGUCCAUCAUGGCCAUUGUGAAGGCCAUGACCACCCUCAACAUCAGCUAUGGAGAUGCUGCAGCAGGAGAUGAUGCCAGGAAGAUGAUGCACUUGGCUGACACCAUUGAGGAGGGAACAAUGCCUAAGGAGUUGUCCGAUAUCAUCAUCAGGCUCUGGAAGGACACUGGUAUCCAGGCAUGCUUCGACAGGGCUUCUGAGUACCAGUUGAACGACUCUGCUGGAUACUACCUAAAUGACCUGGAGCGGAUAGUGCAGCCUGGCUAUGUUCCCACUGAGCAGGAUGUGCUGCGUUCUCGAGUAAAGACCACUGGUAUCAUUGAGACCACGUUCUCCUUCAAGGACCUCCAUUUCAGGAUGUUUGAUGUGGGUGGCCAGCGCUCGGAGAGAAAGAAGUGGAUCCACUGCUUUGAAGGCGUCACCUGUAUCAUCUUCAUCGCUGCUCUCAGUGCUUACGACAUGGUGCUGGUGGAGGACGAUGAAGUGAACCGCAUGCACGAAUCCCUCCAUCUGUUCAACAGUAUCUGCAACCACCGUUACUUUGCAGCCACCUCCAUUGUACUCUUUCUGAACAAGAAAGAUGUCUUCGUGGAGAAGAUCAAGAAGUCCCAUCUCAGCAUGUGCUUUCCUGAGUAUGACGGUCCCAAUACCUUUGAGGAUGCUGGUAACUACAUCAAGCUCCAGUUCCUGGACCUCAACCUGCGAAAAGACAUCAAGGAAAUCUACUCCCACAUGACCUGCGCCACAGACACACAGAACGUCAAGUUCGUGUUCGAUGCCGUCACCGACAUCAUCAUCAAAGAGAACCUCAAGGACUGUGGUCUCUUCUAAAGAGGAGCAGGCCCUUGGCAGGCAGGAGAGGCGCAGGUAACAUUGUGCGAAGCCCUCCUGCGCCAUGUCUCCUUCAGAGGUCAGAGGACAAUCCCAACCCCCCAGACACACCC